AUGGGUCGGACGUGUCGGCCGUUUGUUGACAUCGGCGUCCGCCAAAUGGCCCGCACGUCACCUUCCUUGACCCCUCCCGACUGCACGGGGGAUCUCGGCUCAUUUGGAGCAUGCAGUCGCGUGGCUCCCCCGUGGCCUGACUUCCGAGUACUCGAGGACCCUAGGGCACACGGGUCCUUGACGGGAGGGGAAUGGAGAUGGCAGUAUAGCUCAAAGACAGAACGGAGCUUUGACUGCAAGAUCUGUGGCAAGAGCUUCAAGAGGUCAUCCACACUGUCCACACACCUGCUCAUCCAUUCAGACACCCGGCCCUACCCCUGUCAGUACUGUGGCAAGAGGUUCCACCAGAAGUCAGACAUGAAGAAGCACACCUUCAUCCACACGGGUGAGAAGCCCCACAAGUGCCAGGUGUGCGGCAAGGCAUUCAGCCAGAGCUCCAACCUCAUCACCCACAGCCGCAAACACACGGGCUUCAAGCCCUUUGGCUGCGACCUCUGUGGGAAGGGCUUCCAAAGGAAGGUGGACCUCCGGCGGCACCGGGAGACGCAGCAUGGGCUCAAAUGAGCAUCCUG